UGGAAAUGGAGGGCAACCGGCUGACGGAACAGCUAGACGUAUGCGUGUUCCACUCCGGCUCGACGUUCCACCUAUCCCACCGAUUGAACGCACAGAAUCAAUAGGCUCAGGAGACUCCACUACAGGAGUUGUGACAAGAACGUCUGAAGCGG